CACUUGUUGGCUUGGCCUCUCACCCUCACGGUCUCACCCGUAGAAUUGCUCCAUUUGGUCGUCGAUUGUGAUCCACCAUGUGGCCUCAAGGGUCGUUCCAAUGUUCACGGAGUUCCCUCAUCGGCCUUAAUGUCUGCUACAUCUUGAUCUCAUUUCUCCUGAUUGGUGUGGCCACCUAUGGACAGAAUUCGGCCGUGAUCGAUAGUUUGCCCAUUUUGGGCGGGAUCGUCGCCUCGGGGGUGUUUCUAUUGGCUGUGUCCAUCAUUGGAUUGAUUGGCACCGUGCGCCAUCAUCAAGUCAUGCUUUUCUUCUACAUGAUUAUUCUCUUCGGCAUCUUCUUAAUCCAAUUUAGCGUGGCCUGUGCCGCUUUGGCCGUCACGGAGGACCAGGAACUGGAAUUUGCACAUAAGGGCUGGAAUGCAUCUUCCCCGGAAUUAAAGUUUGAAGCCGAACAAUUUUUCCAAUGUUGUGGCUUCGAGAUCGCGAAUGAAGGCGUCCGCUGCUCCGAAAUCGCUGCCUGCGGCGAGAGUUUGACUUGUCCAACUUGCCAGGGUCUCUUGAAAGGUCGGAUCAAUAAAGCCUUCAACUCCGCCGGUGGGAUUGGGCUCUUCUUCUCUUUCACCGAGUUAUUGGGCGCUUACUUGGCUUGGCAAUACCGUGAUCAAGUCAAUCCCAACCUUCAAUCCUCAUUGUAUCAAGGCAACAUGUGAUCGAUGGGAUUUCUUUCCUUUGUAAGGAAAGUUACGGCACAGGAAUCACAAGGAUUUGAACGGGCUGUGUGUUUGUCAAUUCGCUGUCAGUUUCCAUUGUGCCAUCAACAUUCGAACGAUAUUUUUUGGUCUGUCCGGAAUGAGUCAGUGGUAACGAAAUUUAUUAUUUUCCUUGUCAAGAUCAUAAUCAUCCGUCAUUCAUCAUUUGUUGUUACCAGUGCCGUGAAACGAUUAUUAACUCCAAAACUUGAUUUGCCAAACAAACGACACGAAUCAUAAAUAUAUGUAAAAUUUUACCUACUCAA